CUGAGGAUUAAGUGGCACGCUGGUUCUGUCCGCAGAAUCGGAGACUCACUCUCCAGAGCAAGCAGAUUGCAAAAGACCGCGCAGCUGCAUCUUCCACACCCCGUGCAGCAAAAUGUCGACUGGAGGCUACCAUGUCCAGGAACUCCCCCCGGACCCCAGAAUCCUGUCCGGCAUGAAAUACCGCGGCUAUCUGUACUGUGUGGCGCAAACGGCGGUCUGGACGUUCCAGGCGUAUUUCGUGCUGCGGCUGGUGUCGAUCCUGAGCUCGCCCGUGCAGACAUGGCAGAUGUGGGCGACGCUGGCUAUCGAGGGGAUGUUCGCGCUGCUAUCGCGACAGGACCAGCUCCUCACCGUGGCAUCGGGCCGCGCGCCGCCCAACUCGCCGCGCAAGCGCCUCCGUCUGCAAGGCGAUGAGAACCUCCCCACCGUCGAAGUCCUGCUGCCCUGCUGCGGCGAGCCCGUCGAGGUGAUCCUGGACACGAUCCGCGCGGCGUGCACGCUGGACUACCCGGCGACCCGAUUCCGGGUGCGCGUGCUGGACGACGGCGGGUCGGCGGCGCUGCGCUCCGCCGUCACGGAGCUGCAAGCCCGCUGGCCGCACCUGUCGUACCACUCGCGCGGCCGGCAGACGGGCCAGGUGUUCGCGAAAUCGGGCAACCUGAACUACGCGCUGCAGACGCUGCAGGCGAAGACGCCGCCGGAGUUCUGCGCGAUCUUCGACGCGGACUCGAUCGCGGCGCCGGAGUUCCUGCGCGCGACGCUGCCGCACCUGCUGGCGACGCCCGAGGCGGUGCUGGUCACCACGCGCCAGUACUUCUACAACCUGCCGCGCGGGGACCCGUUCUCGCAGUCGCGGCUGCACUUCUACACCUGCCAGAACACGGAGCUGGAUCUGCAGCGGCGCGCGAUCGACGCCGGGUCCGGGGCGCUGUUCCGGCGGCGCGCCAUCGUCGACGCCGGCGGGUACCCGACCUACUCGUUCUCGGAGGACUGGCAGCUGUCGCUGGUGCUGCAGGGCCUGGGCCACGAGACGAUCCAGGUACAGGAGCCGCUGCAGUUCGGGCUCGUGCCGACCUCGCUGGCGGGCCACAUCGCGCAGCAGAGCCGCUGGCACAUCGGGCACACGCAGCAGACCCGCGUGCUGGUCGCCCCCACCAACGCGACCAUGUCCCGCGCGAUGCAGUGGGGGAUCGUGCUGAACGGGCUGGCCAUCACGGGCCGGCUGGUCGCCUUGCUCGCGAUCUUCGUGGCGGUGCCCGCUCUCCUCCUCACCGCGCAGCCCCUAAUCCCCACCACCCCCACCCACCUCAAACCCCAGCUCAUUCUGGCCACAGCCCACGUGACACUAAGCUGGCUCUUCGCCGCGCUGCAAUCCGCGCACACAGACUUCCAAAGCGCCCCCUUCGCCCAUCUGGAGAACACCUGGCUCGCCGGAGCACACCUCCUUGCCCUCCUCCGCUUCCACCUCAUCUCCCCGCGCCCAAAGAAAGGCUCCUUCGUCACCGGCAGCACAACCAACACCUCCAACCGCACCGCCGCGGCCGCCCCGACCUCCUUACAGAACCUGUCCCACAACCUCUGGGACAACGGCAUCGGGUUCAGCGCGCUGCUGCUCUGCGCGACGAUCAGCGCAUUCACCCUCGCCCUGUGGCGGGGUGUCUCCCACCCGACCUCGCCAUCAGUCCUCAAGACCCUGCUCACGGGCGCAGCCUUCCCGCCAAUGCUGCACAUCACCUUCCUCGUGACGGGCAGCCUCCUCGAGCCGGUGGUGCAUCUGCUCGCGCCGCCGGUCUUCCCCGACCGGAACGCGGGGCUGGAGGUUUCGGGAAGCGGGGUGCGCCAGCCCACGGCCGCGGUGAGGGCGGCGUGCGUGCAGCAGCGGAAGUCGAUGCCGGGGUUUGUGGGGAGGAUGGCGGUUGUGGGGGUCGGGUUGGCGGCGGUGGGGGUCGGGGUUUGGUGGUUGUAG